AUGGCACUGUAUGAAGACAAAGCAAUGAUAAUUGGAGCGACACGAUCAAAUCAAGUAGAGACACUAGCAUCAAGUGGUUGGCAAGAAUCAGUUUCUCAUCUUCGCGAAAUCGCUGCGCAUACGUGUAUCUCAGUUCACAACGGAGUCCUCACAAUCGGUGGAUAUUUAUACGAUGGUCCUCAAAUGGGAAACACCAAGAAUGUCUAUCUAUUACGGGAGGGACAGUGGAGCCAUGUUGGAGCUCUGAUACAUCCGAAUAAUCGCGGGACAUCAAUUCAUUUCGGCGAAUUCUUCCUUGUUUUUGGCGGCUAUGCGCCAAAUUAUGUAACAUAA